UUUUUCCGAGCCCCGAUCAUGUCAACUCCAUGGUGGGCGUAUGUUGUCCUGGCGCUAUCGAUCGUGACCAUGUCAUCCGGAGGCGUCUGGUUUGCAUUGUUCACGCAGACACCUCCUAUCAUGCAGGCGUGCUGGCGCCUCAUCUUGACCGUGAUGCUGCAAUCCGUGGGCGUCGGUUACGAAAUCUUGUUUAAUCCGGUGGUGGAUGCGGCGUUUUGGGCCAAAUACCGGCGGACCCUGCCGCUUCUACUGACCGUCGGCGCUGCCUUCGGAUGCUACUUUGGUACGUGGGGAUGGAGCGUAGCCCACACGACGUUGCUGGACUCGUUGUUGCUCGUCUGCACGACGCCGCUGCUUCUGGUUGUGAUCAUGACCCUGCGCUGGCUGUACCGACGCCGUUUUCCAUCGUCAGUGGUCGGGAGCUUCCAGGAACGUGCAGUUGCCAAGGAAACGGACGCUAUCCUCUUUACGACGGAAGCCACCCCUUCGUUGUUUAACACGGUCAUCUGCCCACCAGUUGCUCAGCCGCCAACGUGGAUGGAGACCAUGGGAGCGGCCGUCGGCUUCUCCGGCGUUGUUGUUUUGCUCGCGAGCACUUCCGACGAAAGCGCUCAAACCCACCACGUCACUCUGGCCGGCAACGUCUCGUCGUUGGUUGGGGCGCUAGUGAUCAUCGUGUACUUGGAGGGCGGAGCUGCCUGUCGCCAAUGGAUGCCACUCUUCAUCUAUUCUCUGUCCGUGACUGGGUUUGGCGCCAUGUACUUGGCGAUUGCAUCGCUGGUGUUGGAGCCAAGCACGUCCGUGUUGGGCCUCGGGCCAGCCGCGUUGUUUGGGUUCUUUGGCAACUGGCAACUUUUUGGACUCGCGUUUGGCGCUGCCUUUGUCGCUGGCUUCUUUGGUCAUGCUUGUCUCAACUCUGUCGUCGUGCACGUGAGCCCUUUGCUCCUGGCCGUGUCAGGUCUAUGGGAGCCAUUGCUCGGCAGCUACAUGGGGUACCUUGCUGGUGUCCAAGACGAGCCGGACUUCAUGACUCUAGUUGCAGCACCACUCCUCUUGGGAGGGGCACUCUUGGUGACGUUGGGUGGCCGAAAGGAAGCAACGACGACAACUGGAGUGCUGGCCUCCGUGUCGCGGCGAAACUCACUCGUAGUCCAUGUAUAAACCAUCCCCCAUGCUGCACGUCGUGUAGUCAAGUCCCGACAGAAGCUCGACCCGACGUCGUCCUGCAAUGCCAAGGAGCAUCCCACUUGUCUGUAGCAUAAUGUGGUCAAGUGAGCACUACAACGUGUUUCAUCUCGAUUCGAA